AUGGUGAGAAAAUUGCAAAAUUUUCGAGUUAAAAUUGAUGGGAACGGAGAAGUGUUCUACCCAGGACAGCAAGUAAGCGGUGUUGUAAUUGUCGUGUACGUAGAUCAGCCAAUGAAAUUGGACCAAAUUAAAGUAAAGUUAGAAGGGCUGUCGUAUUGUUAUAUUGAUGAACUGGUUGGCGACGAAAGUGGAUGUGAGACAAUAUAUCACUGCGAAAGUCAGACACUGGUUAAUCUACAAGAAAUUCUUUUUCGCGGGAGUUCAACUGAGAAGCAGCCUUCUGGUAGACGUACUUAUCCGUUUACAUUUAGACUUCCCUCGCCUCUGCCUAGUUCAUUUGAAGGAAAAAAAGGUCAUGUUCGAUAUUACAUAGAGGCUACAGUUUGUCGGAAGAGUGGGCGAAAAGAUCAUGUAAUUCGAAAUCCUUUCACGGUCAACGAGAUCAUUGAUAUUAAUCUUCCUCAAUAUUCAACAGCACCGCAUGGUACAACACGAAAGCGAAUCGGAUUAAUAGGAUGCCUUUGCUGUGUUGUUGGCUGCGUUAACAUGCGAGCAAGUCUCAAUAGAUCAGGCUAUUGUCCGGGUGAACAGAUAGUUCUUAACGCCUCCUGUGAGAAUAAUUCAACGCGGGGGAUGUUGUGCAUGAGAGCCACACUCGUACAAACAUUUGUUAUCGUGCUAAAUCGGAAACGGAAGAGGUCUCAAGAGCAAUUGCACAUUCUGAUGGCGGGUGGAUUCGGAUAA